UGUUUUCUGCUUUAACAAAAUAUUCUUCUCUUAUCUACUUAUUUUCCCAUUAUAGGUCCAAUGCACAGAGCUCAGCACCAGCAACUACGUGAUGCGGCUAAAUAUCAAAUACAUUUAGAAGCCCUGCGGCAAUCCCGUCCGCUGCCACACAUUCCCGCCGGCACAACGUUGCUGCCUGACGCAGAGCUGCAGUGCCAAGAUGGCGUUUCGCUGCACACACACAGUCAAGGUCACAGUUCAGCCACAUCUGGCUUCGAAUCUGCUCAUCGUUGGACAUCCAAAGAAAAUCUACUAGCACCAGGUCCCGAAGAGGACGAUCCACAAUUGUUUGUAGCAUUAUAUGAUUUUCAGGCUGGUGGUGAGAAUCAAUUGAGUCUAAAAAAAGGUGAACAGGUGCGUAUUUUGUCAUACAACAAAUCGGGCGAAUGGUGUGAAGCACACUCAGACUCCGGCAAUGUCGGUUGGGUACCCUCGAACUAUGUGACGCCACUCAACUCGCUAGAGAAACACUCUUGGUAUCAUGGGCCCAUAUCGCGCAAUGCAGCCGAAUAUUUGCUCAGCUCAGGCAUCAAUGGUAGUUUUUUGGUACGCGAAAGUGAAAGUUCGCCCGGCCAACGCAGCAUUAGUUUGAGAUACGAAGGGCGCGUGUACCACUAUCGCAUCUCAGAGGAUCCGGAUGGUAAAGUUUUUGUCACAGCGGAAGCCAAAUUUAAUACCCUCGCCGAACUAGUGCAUCAUCAUAGUGUACAACACGAAGGGCACGGGUUGAUUACGCCAUUACUUUACCCGGCGCCCAAACAAAAUAAACCGACCGUUUUCCCACUCAGUCCCGAACCGGACGAGUGGGAAAUCUGCCGUACGGACAUUGUGAUGAAGCAUAAGUUGGGCGGCGGCCAGUAUGGCGAAGUGUACGAGGCUGUUUGGAAGCGUUACGGCAAUACGGUGGCUGUAAAAACAUUGAAGGAGGAUACAAUGGCACUAAAGGACUUCCUCGAAGAGGCGGCUAUCAUGAAAGAGAUGAAACAUCCAAAUCUGGUGCAACUAAUUGGUGUUUGCACGCGUGAACCGCCCUUUUACAUUAUCACUGAAUUUAUGUCACACGGCAAUCUUUUGGAUUUUCUGCGUUCGCCUGCCCGCGAAACUCUAGACGCUGUGGCAUUGCUCUACAUGGCCACACAGAUUGCCUCCGGCAUGAGUUAUCUGGAAUCGCGUAAUUACAUUCAUCGCGACUUGGCGGCACGCAAUUGUCUUGUGGGCGAUAAUAAACUCGUGAAAGUUGCUGAUUUCGGUUUGGCGCGACUUAUGCGCGAUGACACGUACACAGCGCAUGCUGGUGCCAAGUUUCCCAUUAAGUGGACCGCUCCGGAGGGUUUGGCGUACAAUAAGUUCAGCACAAAAUCAGAUGUAUGGGCAUUUGGCGUUUUGCUCUGGGAGAUCGCCACAUAUGGCGCAUCACCAUAUCCCAAUAUUGAUCUCACCGAUGUAUUUCAUAAGCUCGAGAAAGGCUAUCGAAUGGAGAGGCCGCCAGGUUGCCCACCGGAAGUUUACGAUUUGAUGCGCCAGUGUUGGCAUUGGAAUGCGGCGGAUCGGCCGACAUUCAAGAGCAUACAUCAUGCAUUGGAGCAUAUGUUUCAGGAAUCAUCGAUUACUGAGGCGGUCGCAAAACAAUUGAAUGCCACAACGAUGACCCAGAGUCUAACGCCACAAAUGGGUAAAAAGGGUAUACCAGCGAAUGGUGGUGGUGGUGGAGGCGGCGGCAGCGGUGGAGGUGGAGGUGGAGGCGGAUUAACACCGAGCGGCGGACUGCUAGAUCAACCGCCAGCGGGCACUCCAAUGUCAGAAACUGGUUCUACAUCCACAAAGUUGAGCACUUUUUCCAGUCAAGGCAAAGGCAAUGUGCAAAUGCGCCGCACCACCAACAAACAAGGCAAACAAGCACCUGCACCACCCAAGCGUACGAGUUUACUAUCGACCAGCCGCGAUUCUACAUAUCGUGAGGAUGAUGCGCGCAACCUCAUUGACGAUCACAAUACAAAUGGUAGUAGCAUCUUUUUCAACCUACAGCAACAACUCCAAAAACAACUGCAAAAGCAAACUCCAAUACAACCACAACCACAACCAUCUAAUGUUGUACAACCCAGUACCCCAACCAAUAACACUAAUAAACGUUGCAAAACGAAUUCUUAUACUUUGUGUACUACACCACCUUCUCCCCAAUAUUCUAUAAAGAAAUCAUCCUCUUGCAGUAGUUUCCUAAUCGAUAUACUUUUUCGAGGUAUUUCACACCUGAGCAUAACGCGCGAUAUCAACAGUCUGGCACAGCGUUACGAUUCUGAAAACGAUAAUACAACUGGUGAUCCCGACACUGAUGCUACCGGUGAUAGUUUGGAAUGCCAGAAUAUACCUAGCCAAAGCAAGGUGCAACAUUCGCUGCAUGGCGGUUGUAUUGGGCCACGAUCCGGCCAACAACAUAGCUCAUUCAAACGACCUACGCCAGUUAUGGGCAAUCGUGGUCUCGAAACGCGCCAAAGUAAACGCUCUCAACACCAACAGCAACAGCAUGCUCCUCGUGAUAGCAGCGCAGGCGGUUGCACGUCACAUCACGUUACAGUUGGCGCACUUGAGGUGAAGAAUGUGAAGUGCGUCGUGAAUCGGUAUGGCACUUUGCCAAAAGUACAACGCAUAGGUGCAUUCCUGAAUAGCCUUGAAGAUCCGAAUACGCCACCGCAGCACAGUAUGUCUACUCAUUUAACUACAGUUGCUCCGGUCACCACAAAUGGCCAUGGUAGUGCACAUGCUGCGACACGCCAACAAGUCCCACCGGCUCAUGUGUUGCCAAUACCGCCACCGACUAAGUCCGCAAACGUCGCGCCUGGAAAUAAUGGUAACGGCGUGAAUGCACCCACACCGCCUCAGCAAAUGAUACGUAGCAAUUCGUCGAGCGGUGUUACUAUGCAAAACAGCGCAUCUGCGAGCUUGAAUAAACUACAGCGUCAUCGUACUGCUGCUGAUGGAACAAUGAUGACAUUUUCCUCAUUUCGGGGCGCCUCUUCCAGCAACUCACCAAAACGUAGUCAACAGCCGGCAUUAGCCAAUUUGGAGUUUCCACCUCCACCACUAGAUUUGCCGCCACCACCGGAGGAAUUCGAGACACCACCGCCACCACCACCACCAGCACCGGAAGUGCUGGAACAGCUGAAGGCGGCAAACGUAUCUAUGUCGCAAUAUCCAUUGCCGAACAGCAGUAAUAAUGAUGUCUCGAAUAUUGCGCCCAGUGUUGAGGAAGCCAGCUCACGAUUCGGUGUAUCGCUACGUAAACGUGAACCGUCGACAGACUCGUGUAGCUCAUUGGGGUCACCACCGGAAGUAGUUGGCAAUGCUGGCGGCAACGUUCAAGAGCUCAACAUGAAGGAGAAAUUGAUGGCAGAGAUAAAAGAUCGUUCCAAAGAGAAUUCGGCCAACAAUGCGAACAUACAAAAUGGCACCACCGUUCCAGCGUCUGCCGGCAGUGGCGUUGAUCCCGUAUCCUUACUGUUCACCGAGUUGGCCGAGAUGAAUUUGUCGAAGCAAAAGUCAAUACCAACACCAAAAAGUUUAAGCGGCGGUAAUAGCGGCAGCGAUGCAAGCGGAUCGCAAGCUCAAGAGAAUGGCAAUACAAACUCAUUUAAGGCGCAGCUGAAAAAGGUUGAACCAAAAAAAUUAACAUCACCUACACAAAAGACCGAAAACCAAACGACGAUCAUCGACUUUAAAGCGCAUUUACGAAAAGUUGAAAAAGACCCGAAAGAUAAAAAAGACAUAGGGGCAGAUGAAACGCCCAAAAUUAUUUUGCAAAAGGGCCAAGCUGUGACAUCUACGGGUACGCUAGGCCGCAAGGGUGAUAAGAAAUUCACCACAUCAAUGACAAUGGCGCCUGUUGGGACGUCAGCAACACAACAAAAGACUGAAAAUACAAAACAUGAUAUGACAAAUAGCAAUAACGGAAAUUCCAUUAAUCUCACGAAUACAACUAACACAACCUUAAAUACAAAUGGUAAUACUCAACAUAAUGCAACUUCAAAUUUGAGCUGCAACAAUACCGUUAGCGUUUCUGAGAUGGCAGAUAAUUCAGUGGGCACAUCUGAAACCGAGGCUGGGAAACGCCGCAGCACAGGUAGUAUAAGUAGCUUGAAGAAGUUGUGGGAGCAACCGGGCAGCGGCGCUGAUUAUGCAAGCACCCAAUCACAGGCCAACUGUUUAGCAAAUAACGGCAGCACAGGCACGACUACCACCACCACCUCCACAAGCACUAAUCAACUCUCACCCAAAUUCAGUUUGAAGCCCAUAUCGAAUGCUGCAACCACGCCCACUACAAAUUCAAACCGUUUUCCAUCACUUAGCACUCAAAUCUCGUCACGUACCACUGCUACGACUACCACAAAUUCCAUAGCAAACAAGCCGCCACCGGCAGCACCACCACCGCCACCCCCUACUACCAACAGCACAAAUAAUCAAAAUCAAAAUUCCAUUUUCAGCAAUUCCCAUUGCACGAAAUCCCAACUAACAUCCUCUCUUUCGACUCAACUAUUCACAGAUAGUAAUCAGUAUGGCGAACAAGGUACUUCAGCCACCACCAACAACACCUCUAAUUCUUCAGCUAAUCACACAGCGGCUAACAACGAAAUUACUUCAAUGACGCAAUCGCUUUUCGUCGAGCAUAGCAGUGUUGCUGCAAAUGCAGGAGGAGCUCUGCUCCAGCAAAACAAUAAAGUGAACACAUCAACCCACUCCACAAGCACAGCUGUGAAUAAUACUUCAAAUUCAAACACUUCCAAUACAAAUAAACCCGCCGUUCCACUCAAACCCACCAAACUGACCAUCUAUGCGACGCCCAUCUCGCAAAAGAUCGCCGCCAGUGCAUUGGAUAGUUCCACAAACUCACCACUCAGCAGCGCGCUACAGAGUUCCACGCAAAUUUCACGUGAGAGCAUACUAGAGCUGGUUGCUGUGCUCGAGGGCUCAUUGCAUCAGCAUCCUGUGAAUUCGAUCUCAGCCUCACAGUGGCUGCAACUUAGCGACAAGCUCAAUAUACUGCAAAAUAAUUGUGUAGUUUUCGCUGACAACGAAUCUAUGCCGCCGCACUCGAAAUUCCAUUUUCGUGAGUUGGUGACACGGGUCGAAACGCAAUCGCAGAAUUUACGCACUGCAGGUAGCAAAAAUGUGCAAGACAACGAGCGGCUGGUCAGCGAGGUGGGUCAGUCGUUGAAGCAAAUAACCAAUGCAUUGCAUAGGUAAAUAUUAUUGAAGCGGGAAACACGGGCGGCAAACAGGGUAAACAGUUACAAUUGUACUGAUGGCGCAGUAACUGAGGAGUUGCCGGCGUGGCGUAGUUGGCUAGACGCCGAAGGAAAUUUCAUCAAGCGCGAAUGAAAACUGCUAAAGUGGAGAAUCAGUGAUGCGUGAUGCGUAUGAAAGCGAGUUGAGUUUAAAGGCUUUAGUUUCCUGCUUAAUGAUGAAAAAUGGUAUAAGCAUAUCAUGUACGUGUAUGUGUGAAGAAACUGUGGGAUUUGAAAUUGCGUGAUGAAUACAUUAAUUUGUAUAAAAUCAACAUAUGGGCUAUGGGGAUGACGACUAAAAGCAUGCCACACAAAAAAAUUGGAUGUCUCCUUUUGAUUUCAUAGUGUUGAUGAAGCUAAUCUUAAAAAAAAAGAAAAACAAAUAUACGAGUAUAUUUUUAUGCAAAGAAGUACGCAUUAUAAAGGGUGCACUUGAAUGCAUUGGCCCAAACAAUUAGGAAGAUUAAACUUCAAACGAAGCUCAGGGUUCUAAAUCCGAAUAAGAAUGUAUAAUUUGUUUCAUUCAUUGUCACUAGAAAUCACAGUGCGAAUUUGUUUUUUAGUGCACUUGCGUAUACCUUGUAUGUAAAAAAUAUGUAAUCUAGUCAUACAUAAUGAAUCCAAUUUAAAUUGCUGUUAGUUGUAGACUUUCCCUCACACGAAAUCAAGACAUUUUAAACUAUUUGUACUAGUUACUAUCAAUAUGACGGCAAUGAUGCGUGCAAAAACAAAAAAAAUAAAACACGAAAAGUUCAUUAGACUUGCACUAAGUACUCAUUUACCAAAACUAAUUUGAGGGUUAUUCCUUUAUCAUCAUACAUACAUACAUUUAUAAUUUAAAUGUUAUUAUUAUUAUUUUUUUUUUUUUUUUGAAAAUUUAACAAAUUUAAAACUUGUUUCCAUAUUUUAGACAUUACGUACAUUACAUAUAGUACAUAAAAUUUAGAUAUUCGUAAGUAGGAUUGUAUAAAGUUAAUGAAAACUAUUUUAAUUAUACAAAUAUAUACAGUUGUAUGUGUCAUUUUAGCGUUACGGCAAUUUUUUAAUACCGCUACCGAGGAAACAUAGUUAUGACAGAAAAUGUUAAUAAAUUUUAGAAGUAAAUGCUAAGUGCAUUAGCAAUGCUCCAGCGUGUAUAUAUCAAUACUCCCGUGCUUGCAUUCUAAUUGGAUCACAUUGAAGUGCCAAAGAUUCUCGAAACUACAUUAAAUAAAACUGCAUGCAAAAGUGUGGAAAAGAAUGUGAAAGUGACAUCUUAACAUAAAACAUUCCCCGCUAAAUUUGUUAGUUAUGUUGCGGUAGUAACAACCCUUGGUGGCAUAUAAAUCCCGGCCGUUAAUUUACUCGAUCUUCAAUCCGCAAUGGGUACGCAUGGCGGCAAUCAAACAUCGCAAAUCACAUAAAGGGUUUUCCAAUAAGUGGUGUUAUUUUGAUAAACGAUCAAUGGUUUCGUUGCUUGUGUGGCACGUAGACGGCGGUCUUGUUGAAAAUAAACGUUGUCCAGAUCAAUACCAUCCAAUUCCUGCCAUAAAAAAUCGUAAAUAUCUCUCGAUAGCGUAAUCCAUUCAUUGUAACUGUUCCUCCAGCUUCAUUUUCGAAAAAGUAAGGUCCAAUGACUCCGCCAGACCAUGAACCGCACCAAACAGUCACACGUUGAGGAUAGAGAGGCUUUUCAAUAAUAACUCUUAGAUUUUCUGAGCCCCAGAUCCGACAAUUUUGCUUGUUGACGAAGCCACCGGGGUGGAAAUGAGCUUCAUCACUCAAGAUGAUUUUUCGAUGGAAUUCCGGAUCAUUUUCAUGCAUUUCAACGACCCAAUCAGCAAAGACACGAUGUUGUUGAUGAUCGGCCGGCUUGAGUUCUUGUGUUAACUGGACUUUAGGUGUAAGCCUUAAGACCCAAAUCUUUUUGCAAAAUACGGUGUAAUGACGUUUGUGGAAUGCUUAAUUCCAAAGAACGACGAGGAAUGGACAAACCUGGGUAUUCUUCAAGACUUUCGGCAACAACAGCACUAUUUUUGGCUGUUUUUGAGCGACGUGCACCGUUUUUAUUCUUCACAUCGCUAACUUGUCCCAACAGCUCGCAUUUUUUCACCAGUUUCUGUAUUGCGGUCCCACAAGGUGCUUCACGAUGACCCAAAAAUGUUUGAGUUUUACGAACCGUCUCUGCCAAAUAUUCACCAUUUUUAUAGUGAAUUUUAAUCAUUUCAAUGCGUUGUUUAAGUCUGUAUCGUUCCAUUUUUAUUAAUGGCGUAGUUUCUACUUGUCAAAUAUCAGAAAAUGACAGCUUCAAAAGUGAAAUCUACCGAAAUAGCGGGCUAUUGAAAAUAACACCUGUUAUUAGAAAACCUUUUAUUUCCUAUUUAUACCAUUUGCAGUAAUUUCUAAUCUCAGCAUGAAAUUCCCCCACUUCUAAUAAUAUUAUGCUCUGUGGAUGGGAUUUCGUAGUUUAAAAAUAUUUCCGCAAUAUCUGUUGGCAUCAAACAAUAGCAAAGUGUAUACCUGCUUCUUUUGAACCAAUGACUUUCAAAGCUGAAAUACCUUGUUAUAAUUUUUUCUAAAUUUCCUAUUGGCACUCGCACACAUCAUGCUUCGUUUUUAAUAAAUUUUAAUAAAUAAUACGUUUUUGUGGGUCUGUGAUAUAUAGUUUUUUGGUAUAAUUAUCAAAGUAAUAUUUAAUCGAAAUGUUGAUUUUUACAAUUUAGCCUUCAAAAUUUUAAAAUAUUUUAGUGAAAGUGGUUUAGAAUUUGACACAUUUUUUAUUCUCAUUUGUUUCCAAAAUAAGAAAUUAAUCAUGAUUUCUAUAAUAGUUAAUAGAAUAGGCUGAUUAAGAAAUACAACUUUAUAAAGGGUGAUCAAUUUAGAGGUAACGUAUUUUAAAUUGAAAUAAAACAGCGUUCAAAGUUCAAAGUGAUAGAGAAAUAUUUAUUAGUUUUGUGUAGCACCAUUCGUGGCAUUUACUUUUUAAAGCUAAUCUCUUUCAAAUGUUGGCUGCAACUGCGCCGUAAUUUGGCCAACCGUAGACACCAAUUUUGAAUUAUUUGCGACUCGCUGGAGCACUUCGGUUAGUAUCGGUCGUGAAUAACUUUAGUAAUGUUGGCUUGCAAUGCCUCAAUCAAAGCUGGUUAAUCCACAAAGCAUUUGAACUUUACAUAUCUCACAAAUAAAAGCCCAAAAGUGUGACAUCACACGUUCUUUGUGGUCAAUCCACUGGUUCGAGAGAACGAUAAAUUGCUCACGGAAACAACGGCGUAGUGAAUCCAUUGUUUCACGGGCUGUAUAGCAAUUAGCGCCGUCUAAUUUGCACCAAAUGUCGUAGAGAUUACGAGCUUCAAUUUUCGUCAUCAAAACAUCGUUUACCAUGGUGCGAUAGCGUCCGCCAAUCACUGCUACAUUGACGCCAGCCUCUUAUUUGAAGAAAUAUGCGCCAUUGAUUUCCCCAGCCCAUAGAUCGCACUAAACGGUUGGUUUCAAUGGAUGUUAUGGCUGUUCUUGAAUGGCUUCAUCACUGAACAUCACAAGUUGACCUGAGCGCGCGAUGCAAACUUUUCACAGAGGCUCGAUGUUCGUAAUACAUUUGUACGAUUUGUAAACGUUGUUGAGGCGUAAGUCUUUCGAUGAAGAAGUGUUAAUGAAUACUGAAAAAAAUUAGGUAUUUAGUUUGGCAAUAGUCACGCGUGAUCUGUUAAAAAAAACCCUAUUGGUAAAAGUACCUCCAAUCUGAUCACAUGUUACUAUAUUUCAUUUCAUUGCGUAAUGCUUAAACUUGCGGCGCUCUUGCACAAGCAGCAUUAAAGCGAAAAUUGUAUUGACUUAACCACUUCAGCGCGUAUAUCCUUCGGUGGAUAUUAAGCCAAGCGCCUCCUCGAUUUUGUGGUGUGUGUCUUAAGGGGAUAUUCUAGUCUAGAGGCCCGAACUUCGAGCAUUUUUUGACGGUGAAUAAAAAAAAGCUAUUGAUAUUUUUACUAUCCAUUUUUUUAUCAUUUAUUUAUUUAUAUAUUAAGAGCACACAAAAUGAAUUAAAAAAUAAAUAAAUUUUCAUGGAAUUAUGCGUCCUUGAAGUACAAGGGGAAAACAAAAGGCAGUGUCCUCGUCGUCACGAUUUCUACCUUUGUGGUCAUUUGAAAACAAAAAAGAUGACAAAUUCUUAAUUAAUAUGAAUGUCAUUAUUGCAUGACGUAGAAAAAAAGGGGAACAAAUUUUUUUCCAUAAGAUGGCGGCUACUCAAAAAUUGAGGUCGAUUUUUAUCUAAUUUUUAAGCUUUCUCGAAUUGUUUACACAUAUUAAAAAAUUGAAAUUUCCAGUUUUUCGUGCGUCAUGCGUUAGAGAUAUAUUUAAAGAAUAUUCAUGAUAAACUUCAAGCAAAUCGGUUGAUUAGAACUUGAGAUAUCGUGCCGACCGUAUCGAAAGAAGUAGUUUCGAGAAAAACACGUUUGAGGUUCGCUGUCCGCUCAAACCGGUCUAGCUGUCGCGUCACUAAAAUAGUUGUAACUUCCAAAAUAAUUCGAAUUUAAAAAAAGUCCUUUUAGGGAGAUAUUUUUGAAUGCUUAAACUAUCGAAUUUUGAAAAAUGAAAACGCGAUUUUUUCAAAUUUCUAGACUAGAAUACGCCCUUAAUCUUUCGCAACCGGAAGCCACUCAGCUAAUUCAGUAAUCAAUUAAUUAAUUGCAUGCAAAAAAGUUGAAAUUACUUAGACUUAUGCUUUAAAUAUAUAAAAACAUAAUAGUUUGACCAAAUUUUAAUAUGUGACCACGAGUAAUUAAGCCAUUUUUUUGCAAAUUCUAGAGGAAAGCUUUUACGAUGUUGAAGUAAAAUAAUAUAAAAUAAUGGAUAUAUAAUACCAUAUAUAAACAUUUUUUCAAUUAUAUUUUAGGCCUUUUCUCAACUAAAUAGUAGCAACAGGGCUUUCGGUACCCAUUGUGGGCAUGAAAUAUCAAAUGAUAGAAAAUGUUUUUUCUAAUAGCGUUCGCGCCUCGACAGGCAAUGGCAAAAUCUCAGAGUAUAUUUCUGCCACAAGAAAAUCUUAAAUAAAAACCAUCUGCCGUUUGGAGGGGAUAUAAAAACUGUCGCAAUUAUAAAGAGACUUUCAAGUUAGUCAUCAGUGGCCUAGAUUUCAAUAGUGAAUAAUUCCUUGAGGUUACCUCUUUUUUUUAAGUCAUCUGUUACAAUUUUCAGUCGUCUAAAUUUCAGUAAUGAAUAUUUCCUAGAGGUUACCUCUUUUUUACCUCGCCGGCUGCCGUAGCCGAAUGGGUUGGUGCGUGAC